AUAAAAGAAAGCUCGCAAAGCUGAAAAGAAGCAAUAAAUAAAUGAAUUAAUAAGAGGAAGCUUGCAAGGCUGAAAAGGGAAAAAGAAAAGGAAGAAACGAAAACAAAAUAAGAGAACAGAAAAUAAAAGAAAGCUUGCCAGUGUAGCGGGUAGAGCUGUGGGGAAGAUUUUAAUUAAUAUUUCCUAGUGUUGCCCUAUAGAUUCCACUAGGUGAGGUGUAGAGGGGAGGACUCUUAUUUUGACAGUCCCUGAUGGGUAGAGCAGGACCUCACGCUGCGUAUAAUCUCACGGAACCAUAGAUUCCUCUAGGUAGAGGGGAGGACUUUUAUUUUGAUAGCUACUGAUUGGCAGAACAGGAUUCUGCGCUGCUUAUAGUCUCGCGGGACCAGCACGAAGUAGCGUUUGGUCUCGUGGCGGCAGAUACAAGCUCCGGUCGGAAAGCUCCAGCUCGUGGGAAAGCUGUUUUUAAAAGAACUCUGUGGGAGAUAGUUUUAUUGUGCUUACUGACUGGAAAGGACUAAAGGAACACCUGGAGGGUGUAUCAAGGGGCACUGUGUGUGCGUGAGAGGAAUUCAUAGUUGAAGCAGUGAAUGUGGGAGUUCCAGGAAUCAGCUGGGGGUGUGUAGCUGCUGAGUGGUGGGUAAAGUUUGCUUUACUGAAUUACUGUAUGUGGAAGAGGUAGCUAACUGUGUGUUUAUGCUUUUAUAUAGCGUUUGUAUUGAUGCUGAAGGUGCUGUGAAGGAGAUUGAGUUCUGGCUUCCGCAUUUACGACUGAUUGAUGCCGUGGAAAAGGUCAUUCAGAAUGAGGCGAGUGGCCAGGACCGGGAGCGCUGUGGCUGAUGUGCAGUGCUGCUGUGAUUCUAAAUUAGCUAAAGGAUCGGUGUGCGGUACCAAACAUUUCAGGUUUUCAGAUGGAAAUAAUGACAGACCUGAGAUCUGUAGUGUUCUUGGUCUUAUUAGACAUAAGAUAUCCAAUGUUUGUAAUUGGAAGGCUGAUGUUUUAGAUUCCGUUUGUGAUGAAGGAAAGAGACUUUUGGAGGAGAAGAAAGCUGGGAAAGGUCCGGCCGGUCGAUAUGAAGCGUUCGGCAGAAUCUCGGAUGUUUCUCUGGGUAAAGUAAUACGAGGUUCUUGUGAUUACUCGGAGUUUUCUAGCGCUCUGCAGGAGACUCUGCUUGAUCAGCAGUCCUGUCUGCUGAGUUUAGAGGGGUAUCACUGCGUAGUUGUGUAUCACAAGGAAUACUUCAUUGUUUUGGAUUUUAACGCCUGCGAUUCGUCUGGUUUUCCGCGUGACUUUGGCGUCUGUGUAGCGCAGUUUCACACUAGUCUGAAUGAAACCAUGAUGUUCUUUUCAGCGUUGUUUGAAAAGCUGAAGGCAAAGGUGUUCUCUGUAACUGGCGUAAUGGUGACACUGGCUGAUGAACAGGUUUCAUCAAUGCGCAGUAAUGCUAAUGCUAACGGUACACAUGAAAGUCCUGUGAAAAUCUCUGAACAAAAAGAACAAAAACGCCCAGAAGGCGUUGAACUGAAGGAUUGUUAUGUCUCUUUGAAAAGGAUGGCAAAUGGUAAAGCUGGAAAGGCUAUUGGGCAAACACCAAAAAAAAGGAAAACAGUUAAAAAGGAAGCUAGCCGUGAUUCAGAUGUUCACAGCGUUCAGGGUUCUUUCCAUCAAGGUCAUUCUAGAUUUGGGAGAAACGGUGGGCGUCAGUGUGUGGCUAAUUCAUUAGCAGCAAUGGUAAUGCACGAAAAGGAAAACGCCUUUGGGUGGAACAGAAAAACACUGGACAGUGUUCUCAUUUCAGGAAACAAGUUUUACUCAUUUUGCAGAACAAAAGGCCUGAUUACUGAUGAUAGUGAAGAUCAGUACUUACUUGUAACAGACUUGCCACAAAUGGCCAGCUUUGAUGGAUCUGAAUAUACGUUUAGAUUCAGUGACCCUGUGGUGGGAGAUGUGAAUGUAGAGGAUGGCGAACUUCUCAGAUCAGGAAUUGCGUUUAGUUUAACGAGUGGUCUAGAAAAAAUCUUUUCAAUGCACGACCAAUGUUUUUUUACUUACGAUCAGAAGACCUGUGCUAUAAUUUGCGUAAAUGGGCAGUUUGCUGUGAUUGAUUCUCAUGCAAGAGAUGCGAGUGGUAGAUCGAACAGUAAGGGGAAAAGCAUCGUUCUGUACUUUUCGUCACUUCAGGACAUCGUUGCUUUGGUCCGCGGGUGGGUUUCAGAAAGAGCUACAGUCCUGGACUCAAAUGAUUUUGAGAUUACAGGAGUUGAUGUUUUGAAAGGAGUAGUGGAUAACAGCAGUGAGUGUAUGUUGCUGGAGGAUUCUAGAUCUACUGACAAAAACCCCAAAGACACACCUGAUGCCGAUGAUGCCGAUGUUGCUGCUGAUGCCGAUGUUGCUGCUGAUGCCGAUGUUGCUGAUGAUGCUGAUGUUGCUGCUGAUGCUGAUUAUGCCGAUGUUGCUGCUGAUGCCGAUGUUGCUGCUGAUGCCGAUCUUGCCGAUGUUGCUGCUGAUGCCGAUGUUGCUGCUGAUGCCGAUGUUGCUGCUGAUGCCGAUGUUGCUGCUGAUGCCGAUGUUGCUGCUGAUGCCGAUGAUGCUGCUGAUGCCGAUGAUGCUGCUGAUGCCGAUGAUGCUGCUGAUGCCGAUGAAGCUUUGGUGAAGGAAUCGCGGAGUGUAAAACAUCAGUUUAGCAUUCUGUCUAAAGACGUCGCUCAGGGUUUAUGUAGAAAGUUAAAUGUAAGUUUUGAAAAGAAUUCUAACCUAGUUCCCGGCAGGUAUGGAGAUUUAGGUAAACCUUGUAAAACUGAAAAUAUAGCGAGUGAUGGAAACUCCUUCUUUAGAUGUAUAGCACAAGUAGUCAGUGGUAAUCAGGCAAACCACCGUAGAUUUAGACUUGCUACAGUAAAACACAUGCAGGCUAAUGAGGCUCAGUUCAGUACAGAUAUAAUACAGGAUUACUCAUCAUUGCAAGAGUAUUUGGACAGAUCUAAAAUGAACUUUGUCGGUAGUUUGGCAACAAAGUUUGAAAUCCAAGCUGCUGCCGAUUGUUUGGGUUUAGAUAUUUACACUUAUACCAGUGAUAAAUGGAUGAAGUUUACCUGCAGGGGUUCGAAAAUCACAGAGGAAGGGAUUUUUUUGGUUCACGGAAAUGGGAACCACUAUAAAACGGCUGUGUGCGUGAAACGUGGCAGAUGUCAAGAUUGCCACAAAUUAUGUAAAAUUCAUGAUUUGAUUCAUGCAUUUCCUAGGCAAACACGCUCUGUAGGAAACAGUCAAGCUAAUCACCAGACUGUCAUGAUAGGAGGACAACCCCAAAAUAGUCACAAAAACAAAUCCACGUCAAAAAGAAAAGAUACUGAUUUAAAAAAUGUAGACAGAACUACACAACCCACAAAUCCUAAACUAAUAAACUCCAAAUACAUGAGGGAGAAAAACAAAAGAGCACAGAAGGAAUAUUAUAAAACAAACAAAAAAUAUAGGAACAAGGUGAAGAUGAAUAGUACUAACAAGUACCGAAAUGACAGCGCUCAUCGUUUGAAAAUGAUCAUGUCCAGUAAAAUGAGGUAUGCAAAAGAUGAAAAGCACAGGCUUAAUGUCCAGAAUCGCAGCAAAAGCAAGUAUGCUAAUAAUAAACAAUUUAGAGAAGACCUCCGCAAAUAUAGCCGACAGAAAUAUGCUGCAAAUGCAGAAUUCAGAAAUGCAGUUCGUAAAUAUAGUAAAGAUAAAUAUGCUACUAAUACAGAAUUUAGAAAUGCAGUUCGUAAACAAAGUAAAGAUAAAUAUGCCAAUAAUCCAAAGUUUAGGUGUGCGGUUCAUGAAAACGUGAAGAAAAAAACUGUAAAAAUGUGUAACCCCUCUGUAGAGAACACACCAGAAAAGCGCACAUAAAAUCUACAGGUUCACUUAUCUUUUAUUGCAUGAAAUAAGUAUUCAUUUAAUGCAAUAAAAUGCAUGCGUGUCAAAUACAUAAUAUUUGGGCACCACUAAAUUGGAUAUUAAAUUAAAUUAAAGUGGAGACUUUAAGGCAGGGAUGUCCAAACUUUUUUUGUUGGGGGCCAGAAGGAGAAAUAUAUUUUAAGUCACGGGCCACAGAGUCUAUAAUAAAACAAAUAAUAAAAUAUACCACUUUAAAUAAUAUUUUUUUUCCUGAUUACUUUCAUUUACACAGCAUUUAACUCGACUUACUAUCUUUAUCUUUAACAGUGUUGUGUAAACUAAGAAUUUUCAAAUUGAUGUUUAAUUUAAUGAUGUCUCUUAAUAUAAAACUCCUUAAUUACGGCAACUUUUAGACUCUUUUGCCCGGAUUUUCUGCACUACAACUGCGCACCCUCUCCGCUUUUAGACUCUUUUGCCCUGUUUUUCUGCGCUAGAAAUGUGCACUCUCUGCGCUUUUAGACUCUUUGGCCCGUUUUUCUGCGCUAGAAAUGCGCUCUCUCUCCGCUUUUAGACUCUUUUGCCCCGUUUUUCUGCGCUAGAAAUGCGCACACUCUCCGCUUUUAGACUCUUUGGCCCGUUUUUCUGCGCUAGAAAUGCGCACCCUCUCCGCUUUUAGACUCUUUGCCCCAUUUUUCUGUGCUAGAAAUGUGCACCCUCUCUGCUUUUAGACUCUUUAGCCCGUUUUUCUG